AUGGACAAUAUAUUGCGAACUCUCGAGAAGAAUGCGAGAGAGCGUGAGGAGGAGGUGGCGCAGAGAAGAAGAGUCGAAUUGGCGACCAAGUUGUACCCGUAUAUUCGGGGCUAUUUGGUCAGGAAAAAGUAUCGAGGACAGAUAAAGUAUGUGAAAAGGAGUAGUUCGAAAAAUAGUGAAAAAGGUUCAGAGCGUUCCGUCCAAACUUCCUCAACGAGUUUACAGACCUGGAAAAAAACAAUAAAACGCUUCUGACAGUCAGUCAAAUGCUCGUGAAAGCUCCGAAAGUUAUAGAAACGGCGAGAGCGCGGAAUGACGUACAGGUUAGGUAUUCACGACCAGGCUUGUGCGAAAAUGUCGGAAACGGUUUUCCGUUUCAGAAAAAAUGAUCGGAAAUGAACAGAAAAAUGUUUUGCCGUUUCUCAAACAUCCCGUACCUACGGACUCUAGCCGUGAAAAAUGGUCUCUGAUUGCGAUUUUGAGGCUCCAUAAUUUUGCAAUUUCAAAAAUGUUCAUUUCCGAGUUACGAAUUGUUUUCGGAAACGUUUCCGACGGAAGUCAUUUCCGAUGUUCGAUUCUGCACAAGCCUGUUCUCGACCUUUAAAAAUUUGGAAUUUUUUAAGAUGCUGUGCAAUAUCUGCCGCCACCUCAUCAUUUCGGUGGACUCGUCGUCCAAAGAUUACAGUUUUGUGGCCGCCUUCCUCAACAAAGACUCGAUCAAAGAAGCGACCGCACUGAUCACCUCGAUCUUCUCGCAGAUCCCUUCGAUCCUCGACUCUAUCAACGGCGACAAAGCCGGAGAGCUCAAGCAAUGGCAAUGCCUCAUACACUUUGUGAUAGUGUUCUCCACGAGUUGCACGUGGCCGCUGGUCCGAAAUGCUCCGCAGGUUCAGCCGGUUCUCAACGGGCUGUGCGGCAAGAUAAUGAGUGUGUUUUACGAGGAAAAGAACUACGAGAAGCUUGCGAAUUCUCUUUUUGUCUCCGUGAACGAUCACAAACCGUUGAAUGGCCUCGAGACGGUUAAUGCUCAAUUCUCGAUCAUCUACCGCCCGAUCAAAGUUAACGGACAACAUCCUGAGCUCUUUUCGAUUUUUGUGCUCAAAGUGCUCACGUGCCCGGCCAUUCUGUUGCAUCUGAAUCAGCAGAACAUCGAUCAGAUCAAGACCACAAAGCUAUUCGAGAGAACUCUUGUCUGGCUGCGUGCCAAUCAAGAGGAAGUCGAGACGGGAAUGGAUGUCCGUCUGCUCAUCAACCUUUUGGCGAAUCUUGUUCAAUUCGCUCACAUCGAUUGCGAGACCCUCGAGUCGAAAAUGUACGAAUGGACUUGGGCGGUCGGAGUCUCGCUCUCCAGAUGCACAGAGCUGACGGUCAGGCACGGAAUAACCAAGACCAGCCUUCAUUAUUGGCAUCCCGUCUUCGGACACUACCUUCUGCCAAUCGAUAAACGAACAGAAGGCGCUCUCCGUAACGUGCUUCGUCAACUGAAAAUGCUCUGGAGCUCACGAGUCGUCAAGUGCUUGUUUGGGAAGAUAAUGGAGGACAAGUCGAUGUCGCCGUGUACAGCAUCAUCUGAGAACGGAAAGAAUCAAAAAGACAUCAGUGCUGCGUUUAGUAGUCAGUCAACUUGAAGUAUGCCUGUUUUUAACGUGUUUCUUUUUCAGAAUUAUGGAAGAAACUGGGCGGCACCAUCGACUCUGUCACCUCUUCCAAAGACAAAUCGGAGGUUGAGUCGCCGCCGACACUCGUCGCGAUAGUCUGUCAAGUGUACAUGACCGUCUUGAGUACAAUGGGUCAUAUGAAGGGAGAGAUUGUGUCGGGCGUCUGUAGAGACGAUCAGUUGCUCCGUCAGUUGUGGGCGUACCUCAAAGAGUGGGGCGAAAAGUUCGGACGCAGCGGGAGCUCCCUCUUCAAUUCGUCGAGUGCCGAACAAUUCGGACCCGUCUCCGCUUCUUUGCAAUCACUUAAUCGACCCACCUCUCCGCACACUGCCACUCUCCGACUUUUUGUGGACUCUGCCGCAGCUAUCAUUUCGUAAGCACACUAUUUUUGAUGAAAAAUAACUAGUCACUUUGUUCAGAAUCCUGGACGAAGAAGAGAUUUUUGAAAAGGGCACUCCGUUCUCAUUGACGGAUCUCGAGUCAAUAUGUAAAUAUGUGAAUAUAUUCUGCUUCCGAGCCAUUUGGAACGGCGCUGUGGAUGAAUCAACUGCCAAUUCGGCCGGUCUGUUCCAAAGCAUGCACUCGCUUUUGAUGGUUCUUUACGAGCGAGACAGUCGCAGAUCAUUUGCAAACGAUCCAAAGUUCUGGCUGAUCGGGUUAGUUUGGUUUUGAGCAGUUUUGACCCAAUUACACUCGGCGGCUAAAAAUUCAGAUCCUAACAAUUUUCUAUUAUUUCAGCGAGGUAAAAUCGUCUGCGCUGACAAUGGAAUACGAAAAAAAGUUGGAACGCGGAAUACUAAUGAUGAAGAAAAUGGCUCAUUUGGUGCCUGUCAAAGACCGAAUGCUCCUGUUUCGACGACAAGUCCACGCAGACAAGCUCAGAAUUCCGGUCACUGGAAUCAUGCCGAACGAUCCGCAGUGUCAGACGUGGAUCACGGUUCAGCGAAACCGAAUAAUCGAAGACGGAUUCGCGCACCUCUCGAAGCUCACGAUUCCCGCCCUGAAGGCCACAAUCCGCGUGAAGUUCAUCAAUGAGCAGGGACUCGACGAAGCCGGAAUCGAUCAGGAUGGAGUGUUCAAAGAGUUCCUCGAGCUGACACUGAAGAAGGUGUUCGAUCCGCAAAUGAACCUGUUCUCGACCACAAGCACCGGUGUCAUGUACCCAUCGCCCACGUCUUCCCUGCACGAAGAUCAUCUCGCCCUCUUCACGUUUGUCGGCAGAAUGCUCGGGAAGGCGGUCUACGAGGGCAUCGUUGUGGAUGUUCAGUUGGCGCCAGUGCUUCUCGCCGCCGUGCUGGGCAGUCACAGAUUGUGCGCAUUCGACGAGCUCAGCCAGUUGGACCCCGAAUUGUACAGAAGUUUGACAUUUGUGAAGCGAUGCGAUGAAGAUAUGGCCGAGUUAUCGCUCACUUUUUCGGUUGACGAAGACUUUAUGGGCAAUAUUUCGACGGUAGACUUGGUGCCCGGCGGAAGGACCAUCGCGGUUACCAAUGAAAACAAGUAAGUUGGCAGCUCCUCUAACAUCUUAUAUGUAUUUUUGCUCAGGAUCGACUACGUGCACCGAAUGGCUCAUCACCGCGUGUUCCGUCGAACUCAGGAACAGUGCAAAGCGUUCGUGCUAGGAAUGCAAUCGAUUCUCUCGCCCGCCUGGCUCUCCCUGUUCGCCCCCAAUGAUCUUCAGUGCCUGAUCAGCGGCGUCAACUCGUAAGAACUUUCCAUUUUACUGUCAUUUUUAAUAAGUAGUUUUUCAGUGACAUCGAUCUAGCGGACUUGAAACGAAACGUUCAGUAUUUUGGGGGAUUUCACGGCAAUCAUCGGCUAAUCAAAUGGCUCUGGGAAAUUCUGGACAAGAAAUUUACCGCCGAGGAGCGCAAACUUUUCCUCAAAUUCGUCACCUCUUGCUCUCGACCGCCCGUACUCGGCUUCUCCUUUCUCGAGCCGCCCUUUUCGAUCCGAUGCGUUGAAGUUUCGGACGAUCAGGAUCAGGGAGACACUCUCGGAAGCGUCGUGCGAGGAUUUCUUGCCCUUCGCAAGGGAACUGCCGCUUCCCGAUUGCCCACCGCCUCCACUUGUUUCAAUUUGCUAAAGUUGCCCAAUUAUAACAAGAAAUCAUUGCUUCUCGAGAAGCUGCGCUAUGCUAUCCAUGCUGGCACUGGCUUCGAACUUUCUUAA